AUUCGUUUGUUUAGUGUUGAAUCACGUUUGAUGAACGACGUGCAACAUGGGCUUGAAAAUGAUUAGCCUGAUGGCCAUUUUAUGGCCGAUCGCUUGGUGCCAAUUGGUCCCUUUGUGUGGCUUAGCUACCGAUUGCAAAAAUUGUACAAUCACCCGCGAUUGUGUCUGGUGUCGUCAACCGAGUUUCAACGGAAAUCGAUGCAUGAAAAGAGAUGAAUCUGAUCUUUGUUCAACGCAGUUUGUGGUCGACCCUCAAGUGCAGAUUCAAUUAACUGAAGAUAAUCCCUUGGCUGAGGCGCAAAGAUCAGAGGAUCCGAUCCAGCUACGGCCGCAGAGAGUCUCCAUGAGCAAAGCCAGAAAGGGUCAAUCUUAUAGCAUUGCGGUAGAAUUCAAGCAAGCUAAAGACUACCCCAUCGAUUUGUAUUUCUUGAUGGAUCUUUCCAAUUCAAUGGGUGACGACAAAACUCAAGUGGAGAGACUGAGCAGCAAACUAGCCGCAACUAUGCGCAACAUCACACGAUAUUUCUCCAUCGGUUUUGGCUCGUUUGUCGACAAAAAUGCCUUCCCAUACAGCUGGCCUUCGCAAAAGACAUAUUCGUUCAUAAACCAUAUGCCUAUAGCUGAUAAUAUCCAGCGCUUCACGAAUGAAGUCAAUAGGGCGAAAAUUGUGGAAACGUAUGAUGAGCCGGAAGGUGGACUUGAAGCUCUUAUUCAAGCUACCGUUUGUACAUCACAGAUUGGAUGGAGGGCAAAAGCCAGACACAUCAUCUUGAUGAUUACCGACAACUACUCACAUUUGGCAGGCAACGGAAAGCUGGGGGGUAUUUUAGUUCCCAAUGAUGGACAUUGCCAUUUAAAUCCGGAUGGACGAGAUUAUACUUUCGGAUUGACACACGACUAUCCGUCACUGGGCCAAAUCAGCCGCCUCGUUCGGGAACAUUCGAUGAAUGUUAUUUUUGCUGUUACGAAAGAUGUGGCCAAACCUUACCAAACGUUUUCUCCGCUAAUCAGCGGCUCUUCGGUCGGUGUUCUGACAUCAGAUUCAUCCAACGUUGUGACCCUCGUCGAGGAUCAGUACAAGCUCAUUACGUCUUCGGUGGAAUUGAAAGAUAAUGCCACAAAUGGAGUCAAAGUUCGAUACUUCACCAACUGCCUCGAGCCGGCCGGCUCUCCAGUUGAGGAGAGUGCCAGUUGUGGUGGACUCAAAGUUGGAAGUCUGGUCAGAUAUAACAUCAGUAUCGAAAUCACGCAAUGCCCUGCUGGGAAAUCUACCCACCGCCAAACGAUUGCUGUCUCUCCGGUCGGAUUGUCCGAUGCUUUGAUUAUCGAUUUAGACAUUGAAUGUGAUGAAUGUCCUUGCGAACGAGCUGAUAAUGUGAGUUGCCCGACCACCUGCAAGGAAAUUACGUAUUGCGUCGAGCCGGAGCGUAUCCCACCAGAUGAAGAUGCAGAUAAAAUUGCUCUCGAAUGCAGUCAUUUUAAUGUGAUCAAAGACGACGAAUUCUCCCCGAAAUUAUUUCCAUACCGGAAAUGCUCCAUUACUUACAACUCUACUGGCUGUCGAAGGGAUUUCGUUUAUGGCUACACGGAAAACGACGAGAAAUUCAUUCUUUAUAACAACACAAUUUGCCUGCCUAAUAUCGCCCUGCCAGUGUCGAAAAUUGCUUUCAUGAUGAUGGGAGCCCUCGUCGCUCUCGGAUUGGCCCUUUUGCUCUUGUGGAGGCUUCUCCUCUUCAUGUACGAUCGCAAAGAAUACGCCCGUUUUAUCAGCGAGAGCAAAAACGCUAAAUGGACUGCCGAUAAUAAUCCGCUCUACGUCGAGGCUUCGGUCAAUUACAAUAACCCGGCAUUUCAAAAAGGAGUAGCCGGUCGUAAGUAGGUCGUUCAAAUUAAAAAAAAAAAAAAAAGUUGAUUUUAAAACUUGACCCCAAAA